AUGUCCUUAAUAUCGUUUAAUUGCACGGACACCUUUGUUCAAGAAAGAUUGAUAAAGAAAGAAACCAAGUUGCAUGACAAGAUCAAACAACAAAAGCUUAAGACGUUUGAAACACUCUACUCUGUCAAUGUAAAAGUCAACAAAGACAAAACAGUGUCUGUCAAGGCGGACAGAGAUCUUUUCAGAAGAGUUGUAGUUGCAUUGGAAUCGGGAAGAGAAGUUGACGUUGAUGCUUUACUGGAACGUGAACUCUCGUCAGUUCCACUAUCGAUAGCCACCGUAGAUGGAAAGCUAAGGAACUGUACAAGUAAGGCUGAUCUGAGUCAUAUACUGCAAGAAAACACAACACAAAGCCGUCCUACGGACGUAGAUGUCACAUGCACCAUCAUCGAUGGAAUGGCUUCCGUACAGGCACUAGGAAACCGGGGGAAAUCCAUGACGUUCGGCGAAUGGUGCGACAAGUUCCAGUCGUAUGUUCUCUCGCACUUUUCUGAUAAAUGCACAAGAGUUGAUAUUGUAUUUGAUCGGUACUUGGACAACUCCAUUAAAGGAGGGCCUCGUGCGAAGAGGAAAGGUGUAAAAGGUAAAGGAAUUAAGAGAAAAGUUGAAAGCCGUGACCAGAAAAUUGGAAACUGGGACAGAUUUGUUUCUCUCGGCGAGAAUAAGGCAAGUCUGGCACAUUUCUUUUGCACACAACUGUCUGAAAAUUGCCAGUUACUCCUUGGUCAAGAACUUGUUGUUAGUGGAGGCUUUAAUGACCCAACGAAAACGUGGAGUUCAAUCGGUCGAGAUGUCUCCGGACUCGAUUUCGACCAGGAGGAAGCAGAUACUCGCAUUGUUCUACAUGCCAGGGACGCUACACUGCGAGGAAGUCAGCAGAUCAAUGUAAUAUCGCGCGAUACUGAUGUGUUCCUGCUUCGCACGGCUGACAAGCCCCAUCUUUGUGAAGUUCUAUGGAUGUUCUCGGGCACGGCAAGGAAAAAGUGCUAUGUACCGAUACACCAAAUCCAUGUCACGGAAGACAUAAGAGAAUCGCUAUUGGCAUUCCACGCUUUGACGGGCUGCGACACUACUAGUCAGUUUGCUGGUAUUGGUAAGAAAUCUGCGUGGACUGUUUUCGUUAAAUAUCAUGACCUUCUGGAACAUCUUGGCGAAGAAAGCAUCGCAAAUGACCAAGUUUUUUCCAAUGCGGAAACCUUUGUGUGCCACCUUUACAAUCCAAAUACAGAUAACGUGCUCAUCAACCAUGAGAGAGUGGCGUCAUUUAGACGAGCAACCAAAAGCUUGGAUUCUCUGCCACCCACUCAAAAUACACUUUUUCUCCACAUCAAGCGUGCGCAUCUGCAGACAUUCAUAUGGAAGAAAGCCUUGGAACCGUGCCCUGUUCUUCCAAGUCCAGAAGAAAAUGGAUGGAAUUUCGAUGACGGCAUGCUGAAGCCCACGCUAACGAUUGAAGAACCAGUCUCAGCAUCUUGCGUACAGCUGGCGUACUGCGGUUGUUCCGCUGAGCGUUCAUGUGGAACACAAAGAUGCACUUGUGUACGCCUAUCUUUAACGUGCUCCAAAGCUUGUAAUUGCGGUGUUAAUUGCGUAAACACAAUCUUGGAGGAAUAA